CAUGACGAAUCUUUUUCCAUUCAAGAAUUAACGUCAAUGUUACCGACGUCAUUUGGAUCACAAAAAAAGAAAACUGCCUCUUCGGAUGUUUUCUCGAAAACGAGAAGAAAAGAUGAGCAGGAAGAGAUCAAACCAAGCACAUCAGAUCAGACAACACCAAAGAAUAAACGUAUAAGGCAUACCGAUGAGGACAGUGAGACUUCACGUAGUGUCUCUGCAUUAACCCUUGAUCCUGCUGGUGCACGGCUUAUUACGGGAAGUUAUGAUUAUGAUGUAAAAUUUUGGGAUUUUGCAGGAAUGGAUUCUACAUUUCGUCCGUUUCGAACUAUUAAACCAUGUGGCGAUCACCAAAUUCAUCAUUUAGAAUACAGCUUAAGUGGUGACCAAUUUUUAAUCAUAUCCGGUACCGCACAAGCAAAGCUUUAUGAUCGUGAUGGAUUCGAAAUUGAAGAGUAUAUUAAGGGUGAUCCCUAUAUUAGAGACAUGCGAAACACAAGUGGCCAUAUAGCUGCUUUGACAUGUGGGGGUUGGCAUCCAAAUGAUAGACAGACUUUCUUUACUGGUUCUGCUGACAGUACAAUUAGAAUAUGGGAUGUAGAAAAUAAACGCAAGCAGAAACAUGUGCUUGUACAUAAGUCUAAAGAACGCGGAGGAAGAAGUGCUAUAACUGCAGGAUGCUAUAGCCCAGAUUCAAAAUUUUUGGCUGGAGCCUCUUUAUAUGGGGUGGUAACGGCCCUUAUAUUCGUCCUUCUCAUGCAAAUUAUUGAAAAGGCUCAUCAACAACAUAGUGAAACUUCUUCAAUAGUAUUUUCCAGAGAUAAUUUGUCAAUAGUAACAAGAGGUGGCGAUGAUUGUGUAAAAGUUUGGGAUGUGCGUAAUUUUAAAAAUGCUGUAGCCCAGGCCAAAGGAUUAACAACUUUUAAUGCAGAAACUAACGUAAUAUUUAGUCCUGAUGAACGAUUGAUUAUUACCGGUACUGCCACCAAAAAAGGAGAAGGCUAUGGAAAAUUGGUGAUGAUGGACCGUAAUUCAUUAGAGAUUGUUCGUACAAUGAGUAUUACACAAUCUAGUGUUAUUCGAGUUUUAUGGCAUUCAAGGAUCAAUCAGAUCGUUACCGGAAGUGCGGAUGGAUUGGUUCAUGUAUUCUACGAUCCAGUUAUAAGUGUUCGGGGCGCCAAAUUGUGUGUUGUUAAAGAGCCUAAGAAACGGGCUAUUGACGACUAUGAGAUCAAUCGUCCUAUUAUUGCACCGCACUCAUUAUCAAUGUUCCGAGAUGACAGACCAAAGUCGACAAAGCGAAAGAGAGAAAAAUUACGCAAAGAUCCUAUUGCAUCACACAGACCGGACCUUCCUGUUAAUGGUCCCGGUAAGGGUGGUAAGAUUGGUAGCAGCUUAACACAGCACAUAAUGAAAGAGUUGAUAAAGGAUACGACUAGAGACGAAGAUCCUCGCCAGGCUUUAUUGAAAUUUGCGGAAGUAUCUCAAAGUGAUCCGCAAUGGAUUGGAAACGCUUAUAAAAAAACACAACCAGAGCCUAUAUUGGCCGAUACCACUGGUGAGGAUGAAGAGGAAACUCAAAAAUA